UCACGGUUUUUGACAGUUGUUCCUUCAGAGCGCACUCCUGAAACGAGAGCAAACUGAUGGCCGCACAAAAACACAGAAAAAGCAUCAACCAGCCGAUGAAGUGAGACAGCUGUGACUGCGUGUGUGGCGGUUUCUGGGUCUGGAUCUUUCCUGAGGCUGAGCAAGUCCGAGGAGUACAGGUAGACACGACUCCACAGCCAACAUGCUCCGGCAGUCUCUGAACAUCCUGAGGCAGUUCGGCACUGCAGCAAAGUCUCAAGAUGCCACUGAACUCCUACAUGAAGACCUGGUGUUGGUGGAGCAGCGGGUGGAGCCUGCCAAGAAGGCGGCUCAGAUCCUUCACAAGAAGCUGCAGGGCUGCAUGCAGAGCCAGCCGGGGCUGGAGGUUGAUAAACGAAUGAAAAAGCUUCCUUUGAUGCUGCUGUCCAUCAGCAUGGCAGAGAGCUUCAAAGACUUUGAUGCAGACUCCUCGAUCAGGAGGGUGCUGGAGAUGUGCUGUUUCAUGGAGAAGAUGCUGGCGAGCAUGCUGGCAGACUUUGAGAUGAAAGUGGAGAAAGAAGUGCUGGAGCCGCUCAACAAGCUCAGUGAGGAUGAUUUACCAGAAAUUCUCAAGAAUAAGAAACAGUUUGCAAAACUUACUACAGACUGGAACAACGCAAGAAUCAGGAGUCAAGCCAGCACCGGUCCUCAGGCCAGACAGGAUGGGCUCAGAGAGGAAGUAGAAGAAGCUUGGAGGAGGUUGGAGAGCAUCAAGGACCAGUACUCUGCAGAUCUUUAUCACUUUGCAACCAAAGAGGAAGAUUACGCUAACUACUUCAUUCGUCUUCUGGAGCUUCAAGCAGAAUACCACAAAAACUCCCUUGAGUUUCUGGACAAAAACAUCAACGAGCUCAAAGAAAACCACAGUCAGAAAGGGUCAGCACUUAGUCUCAACUGCCAGAAGGUCUACGGGGAACCUUUACUCUCUCAUCUGUCUCAGAGCGGGAGAGAAAUCGCUGCACCCAUCCAGGAGUGUAUUCACAUGCUGCUGAGAACAGGCAUGAGGGAGGAGGGUCUUUUCCGCCUGGCAGCAGCAGCUUCAGUGGUGAAGAGGCUGAAAACUUGUUUGAACCAGGAAAUGGUCGACCACAGUGAGUUCAGCAUGGACCCUCACGCCGUAGCAGGAGCUUUAAAGUGUUACCUACGAGAACUACCUGAACCUCUAAUGACAUUUGAACUCUACAAUGACUGGUUCAAAGCAGCAGGGGAAAAAGACCUAACAGAAAAGCUAGAGCAAUUCAAAGUACUUCUAAAGAAACUGCCAUCUGAAAACUACAACAAUCUCCGGUAUCUUGUCCAGUUUUUGUCUCUGCUCUCUGAGCAGCAAGCUGUAAACAAGAUGACACCAAGUAACAUUGCCAUCGUCCUGGGACCAAACCUCCUCUGGCCACAGGUUGAAGGGGAAGCUGCUCUGUUGGAUAUGGCGUCAGCUUCUUCAGUCCAAGUGGUGACUGUCAUCGAGCCUCUUAUCCAGUACUGCUCCAGCCUCUUUCCUGAAGCCAUAUCCUUUGAGGUCCCAGAACUUCCCGAGGUACAUGAUGUGACACUGCCGAUGCCAGAAAAGGAGAAACUGAGCAGAACUGUCUCCUCAUCUUCAUCCACAACCUCCUCCUGCUCCUCUUACCACCUGCCUCUCUCAAAGUCAAACAGCUCAGCCUCUUUGGACAGCGGCUGCUUCUUGAUCAAAUCUGGCUCUGUGGGUCGCCCUGGCACCUCCACCUGGGCCAGCCCUGUGCCUGAAGAAGCAACCUCAACCCACCCAAGCACAACAUCAAGCAGCUCAUCCUCAAUCAAUGCCAGCUCUGUCAUGUCCUUCAACUCUUCCCCUGCCUGCAGCUCAACAGCAAACCUUCCUAAAGCUACAGGAGCCCCAAACCCUGGUCAGGUCAGGAGUCCCACACAGAAGCAGAGCUCAGACCAGCUGGAGCCAAUUUUAGAGGCACCUCCUGACUCUCCAAAAGCUCUGGUGAAGAUCACCUCACCGUAUAAACCAAAACGAUCUUUCAGCCAGAACAAACCCCUCCAGCCAAAAGAGCAGCUGACAGUUCAGUUCUCUAAAUCCAGACCUCCUGCACCACCUAAACUCCACACCCCAGCACCAGCCACCACAGCCCAAGCCCCUGCAGAGAUCAGGACCCAGCCAGUACCAGCACCAGUCCCUGAAGAGACGAGGACACAGCCCAUACCAGCACCCCGGGGUCAGCCUGUGAACCCAAAAAAGCCUCCAGUGAAGAAGCCUGGACGGAAAGCACCAAACUGCCCUCCACCUCUCCCUCCUCCAUCACAACCAAAAGAGGUCCCUUCUGUAGCACAGUGAGAAAAACAGAGCACUAUGCAAUACAGUAUAAAAUCAGAUACAGCCCUUGUUGAUGGUGUUUAUUUUACUUCACACCUCAAAGACAUUACUGUUUCCUGUGACUACAGAUGCCACAAAGCAACAGCUACACAGAUAUUAGACAUUUUGGGACAAAUUUCAACCAGAGAGGGCAGUACAGCACUGAUUCAAGACCUGCUUUUAAGCUACUUUUUAAAUACAAGGAUGUAUUAAUUAAAUGAAUUACAAUGAAUACAUUUGCAUGUUUUUUUUUUAGUUGUUGUAAGCAGUGAUACAUUUCAGGUUGUGGCAUGGUCAAUUUUAUGGCAUAUCAGUGUUUCUGUAACCACUGUCUUUAAUUUAUUCCUUGGUACUGUUACCUUAAACUGUAUGUUUCUGAUAAUAAAAGCCAGAGAGAAAUCUUUAAGGAUAAAAGUGUAACAUAAUAAAUGAAUGCAGCCACCCGAAAUUGA